AUGGGGGAAGGCUCUGGUUGGUUUUCCAUCGCGAUUCCUUUGUCGCAUUCCUCUUCGAUCCCCGCUCUGGACAGGAACUACGUCGGCCAAAACGUCCCAACUUUGGAUCCGAGUAAGCCCAUCUUGCUCUUAAGGACUCGAACCGAAGCCCCGAUUUCGGUCGAUCGAGCCGCGCUGAACGCAGCGAUUGAUUUGCGUUACCUUCGACUGAACCUCCAACAGACUGUCUCGUAUUGGUACCAGAGUAUGGAGGCUGCUUUGGAGCAGCAGAUGAUCCAGAAUCGCCAGCUGAGUGAGGACCUUCAAGAGCUCCGCACCUCCGCGUCCCCUUUCGUUCAGUUCGUCCAAUCGAAGAUAGACCGCUUGCGCGUUCGCUAUCAAGACGAUAUCAAGUGCUCCGAAGCCUUCCGGGAGGCGUUGGCCGACCAGGUCGACCAGACCGUCUUGAUUGAACAUCUGAAAUAUGAAAUUCUCCGGACUGUGCUAGCACGUCAUGCCGCACAGGAGAAAGGUGAUCGUGAGACCGCCGAGAUACGCCAGCAGAUGGACAAGGCGGAAGAGCGGUUGGUGUCUGAAUGUGCCAAGUUGUCCCACAGCCUGGACAAGGCUAACAGCAAGAAGUCGGAGUACAAAAAAACCGACCUCCAACUCCAAGAGAAGCUGCGUCGUGCACUCAAACAAGUAUCGGGGCUCUCGGCCGACCAGGCGAAGGUGUGUCGUGCACUUAAGCAUGUAUCGGGGCUUCAGGCCGAACUAAGCGAGGCGCAGGAUUCUCUAUUCGCCCGAUCUGCUGAGUGUGAUCAUUUGCAUCGCAUCGUAUCGGAUCGUGACGUUACGUUGGACCAGAUGCGAGUUCAGCUCACGGACGUGGCUUCCGAACAUGGUCGCGCAAAACUAGAUCACACGACCCUUCGGGAUCGCAUGGCGUCGCUGAUGUCUGGGGACACUUCAGCCACACCUACGAAGGUGGGAUCGUCUACCCACACGCCCGUUCCCGCGACUCCUCAGCCGAAAUCGAACAUUUCAGGAUCGAGUAGCAAGCGAUCUCGCGAUUCCCUACCAUCUUCUACUUUGCCGCCUUUAAAGUAA